AUUCGCCCAAGACCAGGACUUAUCCACAUCGUCGCAGUUACUCACGGAACAAAUUUAAAGUUCCAGAUUGUUGUGUCUAAUUAUAUUGAAUUGCAAAUUGGGAGCUUUUCAAGGCGCUUAAUAAGAGCUUGGUUGGAUCCCACAGACAACAGAAUGGACCCGAGAAAAAUAGCACACACUCUCAUCCUUGACGCGGGCCCGAUCAUCAAGAAUGAGCCGUCGGUGUCAAGCCUGCUCGCACAAGGGGAGAGUCUUGUGACAACACCUACCAUCAUUUCCGAACUUAGAGACGAAGCAACAAGGACCAGAGUCGAGACCACCUUACUUCCUUUCCUUACCCUUCGCAGUCCUAAACCGUCCAGUAUCAAAUUUGUCACAGAAUUUGCCCGCAAGACCGGAGAUGCUGUGGUCCUCAGCAAGCCUGAUAUUGAGCUUAUUGCUCUUGCGUACGAUGUGGAGUGUGAGCGCAAUGGAGGAGACUGGCGGUUAAGAAAUGCGCCGGGCCAGAAAGGCUUGAACGGCUCUCCACCACAGGCUGAUACUUCCGCGGCACAGGAUUCAGGAGAUGGCAACGCAUCCGAAGAUGUCCAAUCAAGCCAGCAGGAUGCAGGAGAUGGCAACGCGUCCGACAGUGUCCAAGCAAGCCAGCAGGAUGCAGCAGGUGGACCGGAUGUUCAGCCUGAAGAGCCCAGCGAGCCUACAACGCAGAUCGAACCGGAAAUUGAAGACAAGGACGCACAGGAGCUUGAGGAGUCUGUUCAAGAGCAAACCCUUGACUCCUUAGCAAAACUUGAAAUUGAUGCAACGAAUCCAGAGCAAGAAUCCGUUGUUGGUGGAUCAGGAGAUGCGGUGGCCAAUCCUACGCCGGAGACUAAAGAGGAGGACGACGAUUCUGAUGGAUGGAUCACACCGGCGAAUAUCUCAAAACAUCGAGCGAAAGACUUGCAAAGCUCUUCGAAAGAAGGCGCAAGUCGCAAGCCUGUUCAGGCUGCAAUCAUAACUUCGGAUUUUGCAAUGCAAAAUGUAAUCCUGUCCAUGAACCUCAACCUCCUCUCCGCCUCCCUUCAACGAGUUCGACAGAUUAAGACGUUUAUUCUCCGGUGUCAUGCAUGCUUCCUCCAAACCAAGGACAUGACGAAACAAUUCUGCCCUCGGUGUGGAGGCCCUACAUUGACGCGGGUGUCAUGCUCGACAAAUCAAAACGGAGAGUUCAAGAUCUUCUUGAAGAAGAAUAUGCAAUGGAAUACUCGAGGCGACCGGUACAGCAUACCAAAGCCGGUGGCUGGCUCUUCCAAGGGGAAGAUCGCACAGGGCUCGAAAGGUGGUGGGAAAGGUGGAUGGGGUCAGGGGUUGAUUCUUGCUGAAGAUCAGAAAGAGUAUACCAGGGCAAUGGAGCAGGAGAAACGGCGGCGGCAAAGGGAUCUCAUGGAUGAAGACUAUCUUCCGAGUAUCCUGAGCGGCGAGAGAUCCAAAUCAGGAGGGAAGCCGAGGAUUGGAGCCGGGAAGAACGUGAAUUCCAAGAAGCGAAUAUGACGAUCCGAUGGAACGUGGGAGGGUAUAUCAUCACUCAAGAGACAUGUUACUGAGUGAUCAAGGGACUCUCAAUUCAUAGCUGCACUCCAAUGGAGACCCUAUUUGAAGCCAUAACUA